CAUCCUCCACUAACACCAAGGAAAACAAAGCAGACAAAAGAGGGAAAGGAAGCCUCUUUCGCUUUAUUUCCGGGCUUUCAUAGCUUUUCUCGCCGAAUAAAACUUCAAAACCAACACUGAACUCUUUUUCCUUUUUUCUUUUUUAAUUUAGAUUUUCUAAAAAUCGGAGCUCUCUUAGCUUCCCUGUCCCUCUCCUUCUCUUUUCCCUCUCAGAAAAAUAAAAAAAACCCAAUAAAAUUUCUCUCUCUUUACACUUCUCUCAGCUCAAUUUCCGUCAAGCUGAAGAAAUAGCUAUUUAGCUAAGUUAUACAAGGGCAUUCCACAUUGUAUAUAUAGAAGAGAGAGGGGGUACUGGUUCGUGGGGGUGGUGAGACUUCUGCGAGCUUAGCGUCCUCUCUCAUUGUCUAUUUUUUUUCCUUAGCAACAAGACCUUUGUUCUUCAUGCAUUUGCAUGAUUUGAAUGGUUGAGCUUUAUUGAUGAGAUUGUGUGGAGAGUUUUAACUGAAGGGGAAAGUUCAAGUUAACAUUAUGGGUUCUGUUUGUUGCUGCUUGCACGCUGAGGAUUUUGAGGACUAUGUGAAUCCAAACAGUAAUGUAUAUAGGAACUGCAUGUGCCUCAGUUGCUUCGUUCAGAAUUUCCUACACGUGUAUACCACAUUAUUCCGAAGAGGGGAAGUGCAUUCUGUCCCUUCAUCCAUUCAGGGGACGGCAUCUAUGAACUCUUCUGCAUCACUAGACAACUCACUUUCUGACAUGUACCGCUCUCCUCCAAGGCCCUUGCCUUAUGAUGCUGACACCAGAUAUUUCAUCUUACAACGUGAUGGUCUUGUUUCACGGCGUGAGAAGGGUUCAAGUCAUUCACAAGAGGAAUCAGAGCCUUUAAGAGGUGAAGAUGAUGCAGAUUCAGAAUCUUUGAGUACAGGAGACAAAUGGAAAGGUUGUGAAGAAGGCUCAAAAGAGCAGCAUUCCAAAUCCUCACAAAAACUCUCAUCAGCAAAAGCACCAGUUGGAAUUGGGUACAUCUAUUCAUCAACAGAAGAGGAGGAUGUCUGUCCAACUUGUCUUGAAGAAUAUACUCCGGAGAAUCCCAAGAUAGUAACAAAAUGUUCCCACCAUUUCCAUCUUGGUUGCAUUUAUGAGUGGAUGGAGAGAAGUGAAAACUGUCCUGUCUGUGGAAAGGUUAUGGUGUUCGAUGAAACGACUUAAUCUUGCUUGAAAGGUUUUGUUGUGGAUGAAAACCAGCAAUAACAGAAGACAAGGAACCGAAAAAGACUUGUAGAGUGCUUUGUAAAUACUUCAGGAUAAAGUGAUUGUCACAUACAGUAAAUAUGAAAAAUGUUCUGUAAAAAGAUUGCAAGUACAUUCUCUUUGUAACCCUUUUAAGUGGGGAAAAGCAAAAUCAUGCAUGAUUGUUGGAAAUCUCAUGAAAGUUCUAAAAAUAGUUUUUGUCAAUGGGAAGAAGUGUGAAUUUGAGGAAGCUAAGUUGAAUC